CCACGCCUCCCUCCGGCCUCCCCUUCAACUCACUGCCCCGCGAGAGGCUGAAGAAACCCAACGCCACACUCCUUCCUCCGCCCAAAAACAAGGAGGAGUUUGAGAAGACUCUGUCGCAAGCCAUAGUCAAAGUGGUUAUCCCAACAGAAAGGAAUUUGCUCUCUCUCAUCCACCGAAUGAUCGAGUUUGUGGUGCGUGAAGGCCCAAUGUUUGAAGCCAUGAUCAUGAACAGAGAAAUCAACAACCCCAUGUACAGGUUUCUAUUUGAGAACCAAAGCCCAGCACACGUAUACUACCGGUGGAAGAUCUACACCAUACUACAGGGUGAAGCGCCAGUCAAGUGGAAAACGGAGGACUUUAGGAUGUUUAAGAACGGCUCCUUGUGGCACCCGCCUCCUCUGAACCCGUACCUUCACGGUCCGUAUGAUGACGGGGAGGAAGAGGAGGUAGAGGAGGAGGCCGGCAAGAAAGGCUGUUUGAAAGAAGAUGAGAGGGACAAACUGGAGGAGAUGCUGCGAGGGAUGAGUCCCAGGAGAGGAGACAUCGCGGAGGCCAUGUUGUUUUGUCUGAGCCACGCAGAAGCAGCUGAGGAGAUCGUGGAGUGCGUCACUGAGUCUCUCUCCAUCCUCAAAACCCCUCUACCCAAGAAGAUCGCACGGUUAUAUCUAGUGUCUGAUGUGCUGUACAACUCCUCGGCCAAAGUAUCCAAUGCGUCUUACUACAGAAAAUAUUUUGAGGCAAAGCUCUCCCAGAUAUUUGCAGACCUCAACGCGACGUACAAAGCGAUUCAGGGUCACCUUCAGAGCGAGAACUUCAAGCAACGCGUCAUGGCGUGUUUCCGCGCCUGGGAGGACUGGGCCGUGUACCCCGACCCGUUCCUCAUCAAGCUGCAGAACAUCUUCCUCGGUCUGGUUAACAUCGCAGCCGUGGAGAAGGAAGUCCCUGUCCUCAUCGUGGAGGCUGAGCCAGCAGAGGACAUCGACGGCGCUCCCAUAGGGGAGUAUGCCGAUGUGGGUCUGAUGGAGGACGUGGACGGCGUCCCGAUCGACGGCGGACACAUCGACGGGGCUCCGAUCGACGGAGCGCCGCUGGACGACCUGGACGGCGUCCCCAUUAAACCCAUGGAGGAAGACAUCGAUGGGAUACCUUUGGAUCCAUCAAAGGAGGCAACUUUCAAGGUAGCACCGUCGAAAUGGGAAGCGGUGGAUGAAGCCGAGUUAGAAGCUCAAGCUGUGACAACUUCAAAAUGGGAGGUAUUUGAGCAGCCAGAAGAAUCCAAAAAGAACGAUCAUGACAGUGAUUACGAGGACAGGAGCCCCCGCUCAGAGGAUAACGGGACCUACUGCAACCCCUCCAGAGACGACUCUGAUGUGAAAGCCAAGAUGUCUGAAAUGAACGAGGAGAAACGCACCAAGCUCAGAGAGAUAGAGGUUAAAGUCAUGAAGUUCCAAGAUGAGCUGGAGUCUGGGAAAAGACCCAAGAAGACGGGGCAGAGUAUUCAGGAGCAGGUGGAGCACUACAGGGACAAACUACUACAAAAGGAAAAGGAAAAGGAGAAACUCGAACGGGAGAAAGAGCGGGAGAGGAAAGAGAAGGAGAAAGCUGAGGCCCGGUUGAAAGAGUUAAAGAAGGAGAAGGAGAAGGAGGACACGCCCACCAGGAAGGAGAGGAAGCGUCGCCACAGUGGUUCGCCCAGUCCGACGCGGAACAGCAGACGAGGUCGAUCAGCUUCUCCCCGUUCAGAGCGAUCGGAAAGAUCCGAACGCUCCGAGCGCUCGUACUCUAAAGACACGUCGUCCCGGUCCACCCAUAAAGACUCGCCACGAUCCAGCAUCAAGAAGUCCACAAAGAGAUCUCCCUCACCUCGCACACCCAAGCGAUCCAGACGGUCGCGCUCAAAGACGCCCAAAAAAUCCACCAAGAAGUCCCGCUCCAAAUCUAGGUCCCCUCAUCGGUCCCACAAAAAAGCGAAGAAAAGCAAACACUGACGUCUCCAAACCAGCCGUGUUGUAUAAAAGAUUGACUGGAUUUGCUGCAUGGGUUUCCAUCUGGUGUACGAAGGGAUGGGGCCAUUGUUUUAUAUUGUACAAAAAAAAAUAAUGUGCUUUUGUGUCCUGAUUUCCGCCCCCCCCCCCAAAUCACCUCCCGAUGGAAUUGAUCCAUGUGAUGACAAUAAGUCAUGCCGUCAUUUUCUGUUUUUGUAGUUCACAAUAAAAAGGAUUCCUAAUAAACUGCUGUCUUUUUUAAA